AUGUCGGGCAACCCUCCUUUCCAUAAUCUGACGUACUACACCUUCGGAACUCCCAAUGGCCUGAAGCCCGCCAUUGUGCUAGAGGAACUUGGACUGCAGUACAAGGUCGAGAAGGUCGACAUCACCAAGAAUACUCAGAAGGAGCAAUGGUUCCUGGACAUUAACCCGAAUGGACGAAUCCCAGCCCUCAAGGACGGAGACCUUCGCGUCUUCGAGACCGGAGCGAUCAUGCUGUACCUGACCGACCGCUACGACAAGGAAGGAAAGCUCAACUACCCGCAAGGCUCGCGUGAGUACUACGAAGUCCUGUCCUGGUUGAUGUGGCAGAUGGGCGGCCUGGGACCAAUGCAGGGUCAAGCCAACCACUUCCGAGCUAUGGCUGGAGCCUACUCCGAGUACGGUAUCAAGCGCUAUAUGGACGAGACUGCUCGCCUGUUCGAUGUUCUGGAAUCGCGACUGAGUCAUGCUGACUGGCUUGCUGGCGAGAAGUACACGCUCGCUGACAUUGCAUCCUACUCCUGGGUUCGUGCCGGACCAGUGUUCCUCGACAUGGACAUCAAGAAGUGGCCAGGAAUCGAGAAAUGGGUCAAGCGCAUUGGUGAACGUCCUGCGGUUCAGAAGGCUCAAACGAUUCCGGAGGGUACUCGAAGCGCGGAGGAGCUAAGCCAGAUGGCCAAAGGCAUGCGUGACCGCAUCGACGGCAUGAAGGAGACCAAGAGAGACUCGUGA